AUGAUGAAAUCUUCCACCAUGACACCUGCUGCCAAGAAGCGCGUUCCCGUCACGGCGACGACGGCACGACGAAAGCUCCGAUUCGCACCACCCUCCACGGUGCGAAAGACGGCCAUGAUGAAGACUCCUGGGCGCCGUCUUGACUUUACUCCUGCCGGUGAUCGCUUCAUUCCCAAUCGAGCCAAGACGGAUGUGGCCAAAGCUCGACACUCCUUGUUGCAACAUGCAUCAACAACAACAACCGCGCAAAAGCCACAGACUCCCUUUGAAUCGGCCUACAAGAAUCAUGUUGGAAAAGUCUUGUUUGGUGACGACAUCGCCGACAGCAACAAUGAGCGCAUAAUGAAUUUUGGAGGAGCCACCACCACUGCUCGCCGUCCAACCGUUGACCCCAACAAUCACAAUUUGGCACACCACAACGGGCUGCAGCAACAACAACAUGCACAACAGCCAACAACCAUUGACAUUCAGCAAACCGCGGUGCUCGAUGUCCCAGGCAUGAUCCAGAAUGGCACCCAACUUAUGGACUGCAACGACGAUGGCUCGCAGGCCAUUGCUCUUGCCAAUGAAGUCUACAUGCGAAGUACUGUCACGGGCCGCGUCGACAGAAUUGCCCAUUUGAGUACAUCGCCUUACAGCUGCGUGCGAUUCUCUCCCGACGGUGAUUGCCUAGCUUUGGGACAAAAGAACUCGGUACAGUUCUUUGACGACCUCGCUGGACAGGUGGAUCACGAAGCAGAGCUCUUUCACUUCAAGGGACACGUCACAGCCAUGGCAUGGAAUGGGCAACAACGAUUCGCGGCGGCUACCAAUCAUCGCAUUACCACCUGCAAUGUUGGCUGGCGAGUUCCAAUUCCAGUCGAGUACCAAGGACACGGCGAAGACGUUCUAGUGACUGCACUGGAGUGGCAAGGCGAUACCAUGGCCAGUGCCGGUGGUGGUGAGAUCAAGCUGUGGGAUACCACCAACCGAGAGCUCCGUGAAUACGACGGCGAUGGCGCCGUGGUCGUUUACGAGGCUCGGUGCACCAUGAAACACGAAGGAGUACGAACGCUCGAACUGUGUCCACACAAGCCGGGUCUUUUGGUAAGUGGCGGUGAUGGCGGUCUCAAGUUUUGGAAUCUUCGCAGCGGCGCGUUGAAGGCCACCAUUGACGAAACUGACUCCAAAAUUGUUGGCACUCUCUUUUCUCCCAAGGAACUCAACCAAAUCGUAGUGGCGGAUGAAUCCAAGUUGAUGGUUUGGAGUUUGGGUCCCAAGGUUGCCAAGCUUGCCGAAUACGAGCUCUUUGAAGAACACGAAAUGGAAAAGAUUACCGGCAUGGCACGAGGCCGAGGCGCAACAGUGGUCUUGUCGGGCAGUGAUGAAUGCCUGUACGUGUUUGACAUUAAGCAAAAGAAGAUCAAGAUGGUCAAGAAGGCUGCCAAGAAGGGAUUUGGUUCCUUUGGUGAGGUUUCCUUGUUGGAGCUUCGGUAA